UCAUGCGCGGAAAUAGUAAAUCCUAUUGGUCAGUUCAUAUUUAAAAUAAAUAUUUUGAAUUUCAACUGAAACGCUUCAUGCUCUUAUAAUGCAUGUACAAAAUAUCAGUGUCAAAAUAAAAUGUUCUUUGAUAUUGCUCCUUUAUCUUCUUAUUGGUGAAAUAUCUAAUACAAUGCAAGAUCUUGACUGUGAUCUUGGAUUAAAAAAUGAUAAUUUGUGUCCUAUUGAUGGUGGUUGGACUUCUUGGAGUUCUUGGGGCCUUUGCACUGGAAAAUGUGGAUUUAAAGGCAAAAGAACCAGACACCGCAUUUGCAAUAAUCCUUUACCUUCAAAUGAUGGAGCUCCAUGUAUUGGUCCUAGUUAUCAAACUGAAAAUUGUCAAAUUAUUGGUUGCAGAAUGAAUGAUUAUGAAGAAGUUGUAAGCAAUCAUCCUAUACGUAAGAAAGAAAUGGAAAUUGUGAAAAACGUUCACAAAAGAUUACCUGCUUUGAUUGAACUGUGUUUCUUUGUUGAUUGUACAUUCUUCAUUGUAGAAAAAAUUCUUGGAAGCAGCGCGAUGCUUUAUUGGAAUGCUAUGAAUUGUGUCAAAUACAAUGUUGGAUGUCCAAGGCCUGGAGGUUGGAGUACUUGGGAAGCUUGGUCACCAUGUACUGCAAUUUGUGGCAGGGGUCAGAAAUAUCGUACACGAAAUUGUAAUAGCCCAGUACCUUCAAAUUCUGAACUAAUGUGUAAUAAUUCAGCAUUUGAAGUGAAAAGUUGCAUGGGACUUAAUUGCCAAACACAUCCAGCAGGAACUUGGAUUAAUUGGAGUGGAUGGAGUGCAUGCAGUGUAGAAUGUGGUAAUGGUAUUCAAGUAAGAAAACGUUCAUGUUCAGAGAUACAAAAUAUACAAGGAAGUUCGUGUAAAGGUUCAACUGAAGAAAUAAAGGGUUGUUCAAUCAAUAAGUGUUCCAGUAAGAAAAUUAUUUUACACGAGAUAAAAUUCAUUUCUUCAUUGAAGUUAUGUAUAAUGUUCUCAUCAGUAAAUGGAAUCUGGUCAUCAUGGACAGUAUGGACAGCUUGCACCUCAAGCUGUGGAAUAGGUACACAAUUAAGAAAUCGAAUGUGCAAUAAUCCUUCUCCAAGUGGUAAUGGAACAUCUUGUUCUGGUUCUGCUUCUGAAGUUCGUCAAUGUUUUUCUAAGCCAUGUUCAGUUAGAUCACAUGAAGUAGCGUAUUUCACAGAGAAAAGCAGUCUUCUUUACAAUGUAAAUGGGAAACAUUCGCGUUUACUUCAUUUAUAUGUAAGAUUUUUACCACUUUCACCUUUUGGUGUGAUCAUUUAUCGAUUUGAAAACAAUUGUAAGGGAUCAAUGUGUGAUUUUGUAAAACUGUUUUUGCACAAUGGAAAAAUAAUACUUUUGUCUAAAAUUUCUGGUUGUACUUUGGGUUUGGUUCAUGAACAUAAAUUGGAGAUUGGACAAUGGUAUGUAGUAUUAAUUGCAAUUUAUGGAACACGUGGUAUGUUACGUAUUAACGAUAAUCGUCAUGAAAUUGCCACUUUUUCAUGUAUUCCAAUGUCAUAUAAUCUGGAUCAUGCUAUGAAAGUAGGAGAAUUUCAUGGUCAACUUCAAGAAAUUGCAAUUAAUUUUGCACCUGUUCAAUUCCAUGCAUCCAAAGAUAAGUAUGAUCAAAAGCAUGCAAAUACUCCAUUCAGUAGCAACAAUGUACAAUAUUUAAUGGGAGAUGAUGAUGAGGGUUUUCUUUAUAUUGGUUUAACAGAUUCAGUUGCUAUACCAUCUCCAAAAGGUUUGGAAUUUUGGCAAAUUACACUUGUUAUAAAGACAGAAGAUAUAAAUGGCAUCAUAGCAAUUAUAUCAGAUAGUUUUUUGAACAAGUGUAUUCUACUACUAUUAGAUGAAGGAAGAGUAAAAUUGAAAUUUCAUCAUGGAGUAAAUCAUGUUGCAACUGAAAGUCCAGAACAUAUCUUAAUAAGAGAAUGGUUUGAAAUAAUAGUUGUUCAAGAUGGUAAAAAUUUGUACAUGCAAAUCAAUGGCAAUGAAAAAAAAUAUGUACCUGUAAUGUCAGAAGGAAUGAUUAUAACAUCUGUACCCAAUGUGUUCCUAGGAGCUAUACGCGAUGAAAUGAGGGAAAAAAUAUGUCCCAGCUGUGUAGAGAUACCACAAAUGAGUUUUACUCUUGGCUCCCUUAAUAUAGAUGGAAAUCAAAUUGAUCUCCUGUCGUUAGCAGUUUUUGGAACAACAAGCAAACGUUUUUCAAGUCGCACUAUUAGUACAUCCGAUUAUUAUGAAGAAAUACCAUUACUAUUAGGCCAAGAACUUAAAUUAUCAUGUUUCUAUAAUAAAAUUCCUUAUGAAAAAGGGCACUUAUCUUCUAAACGAAUAUAUGUCGUGUGGUUAUUAAUGGAUAAGCUAUUACAAUCUUAUGAAAGCGAUGACUUUUUUCGUCUGAAAGAUGAUGGACGUGUCAGUACAAUUAGCAUUGUAAGUUACUCAACUCGUGAAGCAAUUGAAAAUUUUUAUUCAUGUCAUUCAUAUCAUAGGAGUAAAUUGAAUAAAACUUCAAAUCAGAUUUUCUUCACUUUCGGAAUUACUGCAAUAGAUAAAAGUGAAGAAUUUGAAACUGUAUUCUGGAAAGAAUGGAAUUUUAUUUAUGAAACCACAAUUGUAUGUUUCAUACUGACGAUUCUUUGGUGUUUGUUGGAAAUAAUCCAAGAUGCUAAAAACGGAUAUGGUUUUUAUAGACUUCCACAAACACCUAACAAUAACUAUAAUUCUAUUAUAAAGUUUGUUUCAUCCAAAAGUGGAGUAACUUUACUUGGUAGUGAACAAGCUGCAAAUGAAAUAUUAUCAAAAAUUAUAGAAAAUAAUUAAAUUUGUUAGUACUAUGGAAAUACUACGGCGGAUUUAUAAUUUGAGUUGUAACAUUAAACAUCACUAUUUUUAUUAUAAUAACGCAUUUGAAAAGAAAUAUAAAUUUAUAAUAGCAAUGUGAAACGAUACGAUCCUUAUAGACAAAUACUUAAAACAGUGUAAAUCAAAAUUUAAACAAAUAUUGAUUUACAAUGAUGGCAGCUUAUAUUUAAAAACAA